CCGUCCUCAGCAAUGGCAAGCAUCGACCGCUAUCGCCCUCCGCGAGAGGGAUAUCAGCCUCCUAGCCUUCAAGGAUCCGCGCGCCAUGAAAGGCCAUCCCGAUCGCCUCCUCGACGUCGCGAGGUCCCUCCGGCGGCGCCCACGCCCCCUCAGCACAGCGCGCGUACGUCUCCUCCACGGCCACAGGCGGCAUCCAGCCAACAGACUCCGUUGCGAUCCGGAGAGGAAACACCGCUGGCGCUGCCGAAUCAAUGGUUCUUCACCACGGACGAGGUCCACAGCACACCCUCCAUCAUUGACGGAAUUUCUCCCUCGGAGGAGAGGCUUCGGAGAGCGAAGGGGAUCAACUUUAUAUACCAGGCUGGCGUGAUGCUUGACCUACCGCAGAUUACACUAUGGGUCGCCGGAGUAUUCUUUCACAGAUUCUACAUGCGUUUUAGCAUGGUUGGAGAGAAAGGCGGCAUUCAUCACUAUAAUAUCGCCGCAACUUCUUUGUUCCUUGCCAAUAAGACCGAGGAAAAUUGCAGAAAAACCAAGGAAAUCAUCAUCGCCGUGGCUAGGGUCGCUCAGAAAAACACAAAAUUGAUUAUUGAUGAGCAGAGCAAAGAGUACUGGCGAUGGAGAGAUAGCAUAUUGACCUACGAAGAAGUCAUGCUAGAACAACUAGCCUUCGACUUGAUGAUUGACAACCCAUAUCGCCAUCUUUUCGAGCUUCUUGGGCAACUGGAAGUCAUCCAUAACAAGCAUCUGCGGCAAGCAGCCUGGGCAUUCUGCAACGACGCAUGCCUUACAGCCCUGCCGCUUUUGAUUGAAGCAAGAGAUGUCGCCAUCAGCUCCAUCUACUUUGCUUGCGCCCACACAAAUCAACAGAUUGAUGAUGUGAAUGGCGAAGGCUGGUGGAAGUUCCUGAAGGGGAGCGAAGACUGCUGUACAAAGGCCAUCGAGGUGAUGCGUCAGUUUUACACGGAGAAUCCGCUUAGAAAGCAGAACCCGUCGCUGCCAUCACCUGCCUUCCACCUUGAAAACACAAGGAGGCGAAAUGACGAUCUUUCAUCCAACGCUGCAACACCGAUGGAGCUCGACCGCGAAAGCCACAGCCCAGCUCCCAAGACAAACGGAGGGACAGACAGGCAUUCGGAUGGGAGAGACAAGGAACACGACUCCCUAAAGGUACCAGGUGAUGGUGAAUACGCACCACGAUCGCCCUCCAAGAGGAAAGACACAGAAGUUGAGAUGUCGGCGGAGAGUGAAAGAGCUGAAAAAAGGGCCAGGCUCUCGGAAGAUGAAGAGGGCGAGCUGGUGGAAGAUUGAGCCGUUGGAGCAGAUGUAUAAUCUGUAUCCCUGGUAUGAUGGCGGUUUUGGCGUUGGGGUUAUUAUCACAAAGCGUUUUCUUUGCGACGAAACGACGGAACGGUCUCAGCAAAGAUAUGACGUUUCUCUUUCAUGUUUCAGGCAACGCUACGACCUUUGAGGAUGGCGUUGGGGCUCCUUUCUUUUCUGCUUUUUUUUAUUCCCGCUGCUAAUUGUAUCGAUCGCCCUGACAUGUUGGAUAGAGAUUGCCGCAUAGGCACCAUGGUAUAAAUGUUACGUACUGAACCUGGAGGUUAGGUGUGUUUUUUUGGUGGAAGCUGGACAGAAAUUGAUAUCCCGAAUAAUUAACAAGAUAUUCGAUACGUUGAGCUUGGUAAUAUGUGAUGCG